GAUAGGGGAAAAUGGUGGUUGAGCGUGACGAAAGGUGGGUUCCCGAGUUCCCCCCAAACCCUAGGCGUGUAGGCGGGCCGUCAUCUUCUGCUCCAACCGGAAGGUCCGGUGGGGGAGGAUCUGUGACUCCAUCGUCUCCCAAAUCGAGUGAUGAUGAUGCAUCCUCUGCAUCCAACAUCACCAACAGAUGUUCACCAAAGGCUGUCUUCAACUUGGUUUCCAAGCUCAGUGAGUUCAAAAAAGAAAUUAUUAGGGAAAUUGGGUUUGGCGGGAUUCUGGACAUACCGUGCAUUAGCAAGCUUAACCUCAAGCUCUCAGCGUGGUUGCUUAGUAAGAUGGACUGUGAGGAAAGUUGCUUGGUUUUUGGGCCAUCUAGACGCAUCUAUGUACACGAGGCCGAUGUUGGGAUUGUACUUGGAGUUCCGAGUGGGGAUAUUGAUGUAUCCACCCUUUCUGUUACCGAUGAACAACUAGAGUUGCUGCGUUCUAGCAUAGGGUUAGUGGGUUCCGAUCCUAGAAGUGUCAAGGGCAUUGAGUAUGUUCUUCAGAAGCACCUCGAUGAUCAAUCGUCUAGCCAGGAAAUAGAUAGUUUCAAAGUUGCUUUUGUUGUGUUUGCUAUCAACCAUCUUCUUGCACCUUGUGUAAAGCAUGAUCAAGUCAAUUUGGAUUUCUGGGGUGCGUUGAAGAAUCCUGCUGCAUUAGACAGGUGUAACUGGUGCCGAUAUGUGUAUGGACAUGUCCUUGAUGCCGCACAGAAAGUCCGUGGUGAGAUGAUCAGCAAGGGGCGAGCUACAUCAUUGUCUGGUUGCCAUUACUUCCUGCAGAUUCUGUUCUUGGACAAUGUUGAUCUAAGCAGGCUCAAUAAGCCUCAUAAGACUAUCCCCCGGCUGAAAGUAUUUGACCAAGAAUCCCUUAGGGUGAUGGCAGUUAUGUGUGCAAGUAGAGGAGAGCAUGAUUUUGAGCAUUUCAUCGGUGUAAGCCGUAUACUUUGAUGUAUAUAUUAUUACUAACUUUAUUUUGUUACUGGAAUAAUUUAGUUUGAUACUUUUUU